AACAUUUUAAGGAUGGCCCAAACCAAACAGGCCCUUGAAUCGGUCUGUUCGUUAGCUAUGCUGGCAUCGUUGUGCCCUCAAUUUUCCCCCAAUUUUCUGCAUCGAUUCCAAAUUAUUCAAUUCAAACCAAAUUCCCCUACAAACAGUUUAUGAAAGAAUUCCCUUAAUUAUUCUGCGUUUUGAUGCAUUCUUGAAUCUGCCAUGGACAUCGAUCCACACAUCGCCAACUGGCUUAUCGAAUACUUCGUCCGGCAGCCCCUGGAGGAGCAGACGCUGAACUCCCUCAUCGGCGCUCUCCCGCUGCCGGACAACAAUUCCAAUCUUCAAAAUUCCCUCUUAUUGUGUAAACUAGAGUUGGAGGUGUCGCGGCGUCCGUUGUCCGAAAGCACGCUGGCUUUGCUGGAGCAGUUGGAGGAGAUUGAAUUCAACAGAGGGAACGAGGCCUCCGAGACGAUGAGGCGGGCGUAUUGCGAGGUCGCCGUGGAUUGCACGCUGAGGCCUCUGAUAAACGAGGACGACGAAGUCAGAAAGUUCAAGUUUUAUGAGACGGUGAAGCGGGUGUGGCGGAGGAGGAUUGGGCGGAUGGAGAAGUUUGCGGAGAAAGGGGGCCUGGGGUCGGAGCUGCUGUCGGCGUGGAAAGACGAAUUCGACGCGGCUGUGUGGGAUGAUGAUGUUCGCGGGAGUGUUUUUAAGAAGUUUGAAGGAGUUCACGCCAAGGAGACGGUUAGGGUUUAUCUGAGGGAGGAGAGAGAUAAAAUGGGGCCCUCGUUUCUCGAAUUACUGGCCGAGAGAGCCCAGGGUGAUGUGGAUUUGCGGAGAAUUUUGGGACUUGAUGGGAUUUCUGGAGUAGCUGAAGAAGAAACACCCUCUAGUCGUGUUGAUGGGGCCGCGAAUGGAAGCGAUGCCAGCAAAGUAAGGCACAAGGGAAAAAUCAAGCUCAGAGAUAAGCUUGUUGGUGUGAGACGCUUGAAAACGGCAUCUGCAAAUUCGAGAGGAGCCAAAAUUGUAGACUCCGAUGAAACUACCGCUGAGCCAUCAGGUGGGAGAAAUAGCUUACCACAGAGUGUAGAAGUCAAUAAAGCUCGGGAGGCCCUUAACUCGAGUUCGGCGGAGCUCCGGGCAGCUGUGAAGGAUCCCCUUCCUGAGGCAUUGCGAGUUGCAGAAGCUAUCUGUAACGAGACAAGGCAAGAUAAGCGUCAAGAUCCAGCUGAAAACAAUAAGGGUGAACCUAAAUUGUUUGUUGUGGAUGUUUGUGGAGUUGUUCAAUCUUGUGGUGUUAAUGUGAACAAUGUGCCUAGGCCAAGUUUGAUGGAACGGAACAAAUCUGCUCAUACUUAUGAGGUAAUAAGCUCGUACUUACUCUAUUUAUCUGCUCAUACUUACGAGUGGGAUGACUCAAUUGAUGCUUCACCAGAAGACAUAGCUUUCAGACCUGGGAUUCAGUUGCCUAGCCCAAAGACGAUUAACACCUCGCCUUUGAAGAUAUAUCAAACGAAUAAUGUGAAGAAGAGGAGGAGAGGUAGGAGAUGGAGUCUUCAAGAAGAAGAGGCUCUGCGGAAUGGAGUAACCAGGUUUGGAAAAGGAUAUUGGAAGUUGAUCCUAGAUAACAACCGAGACGUGUUUGAAGGUAGAACUGAAGUUGAUUUGAAGGACAAAUGGAGAAACAUGUCUCGGUCUGAGAACCUGUAGGAUUUUGUAUGUAAAGCAGUAUGCACAAUUGCACCUCUCUCCAGCACAUAUGCACAUUGGUUAAAUUGCAGUUGUGGGUUGGCCGUGUAUUUCAAAUAGAGCGUAGAAGAACUUUACUGGCCUUGUUAGAGUUGCAAGGAUACGCGAGGGUUUAUCACCGGGAGAUGGAUGAUGCUACUGACUGAUUGAAAGGUUUGUAAGAAAACUUACAAAAUGAUGAUGAUCAACGCUCCACGAAUAGGAAGUCACUUGCAACAUAGUCUCUUCAGUUCUGAGGUGGUUGGUCAUAAAUCAGAGUUCAACUUCUCCAACCUAUUCUUUAAUUCUCCUAGAUAUGCUUUGCUUUGUUUGCUGAUGCUUUGAGUUACAAAGGGUUUCUGAUCUGAGCAGUUGCAUUGGUGGAUGGGUUAUGCAUUUUACCGGAGAGUUUAUAACUGCAAGGGAAUGUGGUUUUACUGGUUUUGAUAACAUGAAGAGCGCAAUAGUUGGUAUCUUUUUAUUAAAAUAGGGUGUCGCGGAGGCGAUAAAUUCUUAUGCCUUAGAGUGAUCUCCUUGAAAAGGUAGUUGGUUUUGAAGUGUGUACUUGAGUAGAAAAAAAUCUUGAUGUGGAGUAAUGUUAACAUGAUAAUGGCUUUCAAAUGGCGUGAUGCUGUUUGGAAAUUGAAAUAUUAUGCAAGCUUGAUAUCGACACA